UCCAAGGUCAGAGAGUUGAUGGCAGGUGGGAACCCAGCACUGACAGCACACUUUCUGACCACCUGUCAGCCAUGUGGCCUGGGUCCUGGCAGAAUGAAGACCCACAGUGAUCAAGAUGAACUUCUCCUGAGAAGCUCAGAAGGGAAGAUGGGGGAGCCCCAAGCCUAGAUAUCAGGAAAGAUGGAACCUGGCAGGUAGAUGCUAUAUUUCAUUCUUGCACUGAAUAAACUGAGAGAGUAAAUUGACACUCAGGCUGCUCCUGCAUUCUUGGGAUUGUUAUUGUGAACCAGCUGAUGUGGGUCUGACUCUGGUCAGGUGCUGGUGGAGCUGCACUGAACCUGCAAGACUGAGGCCCACACUGGGGCCCUACAAUGAUAGCCAUAAAGUGAACAGUGUAACCCCUCCCCAAGGAAAUUCCUUAGGAAAUUCUCAGAGCCAAGGCCAAAAAUGAGGGGUGGAGAAGAAAGACGUCUGCAUCUCCACAAGCAGGGCCCGCCUUAAGCCCUAAAAUGUGACUGCUCACAUGAUCCUACUGUGACUCUGGAGUGUGGGUAGGACUCACAGCUCCCCCAGCCUGAGCUGCACAGCUCACAGAGCAGUCCAGGGACCCAGUAGCCCCACCCAGAGAGUAACAAGUCAUUUGUCCUAGCCCUGUGCUGAGGGUUUCUUUUCCCAUGAGAGUAUGGAGAAAGAGGAACGCAGCCCCUUGCUUCCCCAGGAUGCUGUAGGCCGGGAGCUGCCCCUCUCCAUGGACAGUCCAGCCACAUCAAGCCACUUAGAUCCAGCACCCCAGGGAAACAAGAUGGGGGCCUGGAGCCACUGCUGUUGUGCUCCUGGGGCCAAGCACCAGGCCUGGAGCAGAGAUCCGGCUGCCUCUCUCCCCAUGGGGAGUAGCUGUAUCAAGUGUCUGACCUUCCUCUCCAACUUCCUCUUCUCCCUGCUGGGCCUGCUUGCCCUGGCUGUGGGGCUCUGGGGCCUGGCUGUUAAGGGCUCUCUGGGAAGUGGCUUGGGGGGAACCCUGCCCCCAGAUCCCAUGCUGGGGCUGGUGCUUGGCGGGCUGGUGGUCAGCCUCGUGAGUCUAGCCGGCUGCCUGGGAGCCCUGUGUGAAAGCAGCAGCCUCCUGCGCUGCUUUUGUGGGGCCAUCCUUGGCCUCCUGGUGCUUGAGGCUCUGGCAGGGACCCUGGUGGUAGCCCUCUGGGGUCCCCUACAGGACAGCCUUGAGCACACCUUGCAAGUGGCCAUCACUCACUACCAGGAUGACCCAGACCUGCACUUCCUCCUUGACCAAGUCCAGCUGGGACUGCAGUGUUGUGGAGCAGAAUCCUACCAGGACUGGCAGCAGAACCUGUACUUCAACUGCAGCUCUCCAGGGGUCCAGGCCUGCAGCCUUCCUGCCUCUUGCUGUAUCAACCCCCAGGAAGAUGGAGCAUCAGUGAAUACCCAGUGUGGCUUUAGGGUACUACGCCUGGACCAGGCCGUGGCUGGGCAAGUUGUACACCUGGAGGGCUGCAGCCCCCGGCUGCAGCAGUGGCUGCUGAGGAACAUUCAGGCCAUAGGUGCCUGCGCCAUUGUCAUCGUGCUGGUACAGGGAGCUGAGCUCCUGCUGGCCACCCAGCUGCUGUGGGCCCUAGCUGCCCAAAAGGUAGUGGAAGACUUGGGGCCAGGCCCUCCCCGAACAUGAAACUACCUGUGCUGUCUUCCCCACUGGGCAGGGUCAAGGGAGGGAGAGAUCAGGUACAGGCUGGGCUUUAGGCUUCCCCUGGCUAGCCUGCAAUGGGGGGGUAGUCCAAGUAAUUCACCCUGGGACCCCUCCCUCUCCAUCCUGUACCCCCUUCCUUCCUAUGGUUCCUGAGCCCUACAAUCAACUUUGCAUCACUACCUGAUGUCGCUCUGGCUUUCUUGAGGACCCACACAGCCCCCCAUCCCUUGCAAAGACUUCCUAUCUGACUGGUGUGAAGAGCACAAGUUGUGGGUACUUGCCUCUUACCCUGGACCUGACCUGCCUCUGGCCAGCUCCCAACCCCUCACUUCUUCACUUAUAGGGGCCCCUCCCCGUUUCCAGAGUGUGGUGGGGUUGAGGGUAAGGCCAAGGCCUCUCCUGCCAGAAGGGGUUUUUGGGAGGAGGGCACACUGCCACUGAAGAGUACCAUUCCUGUGGUAAACUACCAAUUUCAAGGGGCCAAGUGAGAAAUUCUUAUACCCUGCAACCGCCACCAGGUCAAGAUGGGGAAGUCCCCAGACACUCAGGCUCCCUGCCGCAGAGGUCAGCUCAGCUCUGACUUCAU